UUCAACCCUUCCACCUUCUUUCAAAGAAAUCAACAUGGCAGUGCCUUAUGAAAUAAUAAGGCAAAUCUUCUGCAGGCUUCCGAUUAGGAGCAUUUGCAGAUUUCGUUCUGUAUGUGUCUUUUGGGGAAAUCUUGCUGCCCACAUUAACAAUUCUGCUGUUCUUACACUCAUCCAAAAGAAGAAGGUAAACGAUACUUCCUCUGUUUUUUCCUUAAUAAACACUUCUAGAGAAGUAGUUCAACCUGUGAGUCCCUUUUCUAACCAUCUAUUUGAGAUGGAGAUGGUUGCCUCUUUAAAAGGCAUAAUAUGUCUUCGUAGCCUCCUUUGGAAUCCUUCAACGAGGAUGUUCAAAUUUGUGGAAUUAAGUUCCAAUUCUAAACAAAAUAGACAGCUGGUCUCAGUAGGUACGGCAGAUACUGGGAAUGAUUUUCUUGUUGUUAGACUAAUCUUCUCUACCAACAAACGAGAAAUUGAGAUCCUUUCAGUCAACAGCCGGCAUUCCGAAUGGAUCCAUAAGGAGUCUGAGGUUCCCCUAGAAUUAGAGCAUAAGAGCUCUUGUGACGUUGUUUUCAAUAGAGAACCGUACUGGAUAGCCAUGCGCCAUGGCUGGCAACGGGACCGGAACCGGGCACCACGUGACGGACCGAACCGGUAA